AUGGACCAAUGGUUGAGACAGAGAAACUUUGGAGACCUCAACAUAUUGCCUUUCAAGGUGGUUGCCUAUGACAAGACACAGAGUAAGAUGGCAUUCUUUGAUUCAUCAAGAGCUCAUGACUUUGUGUUCAUAUCUGGGACUAAGAUGCGGAGCCUGGCUAAGACCCGGGAGAGCCCUCCGGACGGAUUCAUGUGCCUAAACAGUCAUUCCUCUUUGUAUUAUAAUUUCCCAAGGUAUAAGCUUCACAAGCCAAGCAAGAGGCCAUGAAAGUGCCCCAAUC